CAGCCACCUAGAGUUACUUAUUGUGCAUAUAUGUGACCCGUGUCUUGUAGAUUUUUGCAGUAUGAUUAUGCUUUAUUUGGAAACGAUUGGUUGCUCAUGUAGUGAAUCAUCUUGUUUAAACAAAUAAUUAACAGUAAUUGAUUUAUCAGCAUCUAUCAGUCGGUUUGAACUUUGUCGUUUCUUGGAAUGUACACGUUUACCAGGACAUAAGUGUUCAAAACUUCUUGUUAGUUUCUAGAUACUAAAUUGGAUUUAGUGCGAUAAAACUGUUUUAGACAAGAAAAUGGCUCAUCUGAUCAAAUGUGUCGUAAAGGACGGCAAGAGUUUUGUUUUAUGUAUUUAGUGUGCGAACCAUAUACUUACAGAGGAACUUUUUGGUGGAAAGAUCGUUUGGUCCCCACUGCCCAACAUGGCUUUUGCAUCACAAGGCGUUGCAAUGGCACAUCUUAAUUUGAUAAAGAUUCUCCUUAAGUUGGUAAGUAAUCCUAGGAAACCUUUAAAUGUAAUUAGUGUUGUAAUAAUAAUAGUAACAUCGGUGUUGAGAACAUGUGUAUUCAUAGAGCAAACCAUGGGAGCAAAGCUGCUUCGUAUGUUAUCCUCACGAGGGCGCUAUAAGUAAAAUAAGCGUAGUUGUACUACAGUAUUAUGUACCUCAGACUUUCCGUAGUGUUGCCAAGAGUAGCAACAUGGCAGGUGCAAGGGCUUGAGAGCUACAUAGCUACGCGUAAAUCAUCCCUAAAUAAUCAUGUCCGUGAGCGUUAACCUCCUGCAUUAUCAUAUUCUUCUUACAGGUUAUAUCAUUAUAUAUUGUCAUUACGUUUAGACUGAAAUGAUGGUGCCAACGAUGCUGGUUUCCCUAAAAAGCAUCGGUCAUCGGCCUCUCCUGCUAGAACUUGUUAAGCUAGCCAACCUUAGUGUAGGUAGCCGGUUGGCUAGCUAGCUCCCAAAUUGUCAACAUUGAUUCUGGGCUGACUGUAAAUCUGCUCAUCCUGAACCAUGACUGAUGCGCCGCGAGAGGAGGAGUUGCAGCCGGUGCCGCGCGAACGGGCGAUUCUGGAAAGUUUCUUCACGCAGCUUGGCAUGUUCUCCUUUGACCGUGCUAAGGACUACGUGGAGAAGGAGAAGGACAACAGUAAGAGUGCAGGGGCUAUCUGGGCAGCUCUGCUCGCAGCCCUCGCCCACUUGGCUGUGGCGGAGAAGGCCUACCACAACAUGACAUUCCUCGGACAAAAGCUGGGCGGGCAGUCGUUUUUCAGUCGUAAAGACUCCAUCCGUACAAUCUACACGUCUCUCUACAACGAGCUGAGGAAGGUGGUGACCACAGGGCGCCACGCCCAGCCUGGUAUAGCCCCCUACUUAGAAGACCUGCCAUCACACCUGUCAGAGCAGCUGUGCCACUUUGCUCAGGCACGCAUGGAGAUGGCAGACCUGUAUGAGAAGAUGCACUCGCUGGGCAGCCAGAAGAACAUUAACUCAGAGGAGCUUGUUACAGCCCUGGAGGUGGUACUGCAGAAGUACAGUUCCAGAUUCCACCACCCGAUCCUGGGUCGCUUAGAGGGGGGCUUCCAGACGGAGGUAGAUGUGGUGACCCAGCUACUGCGCUGCCAGGCCCAGGUGUCCGAGUGGCACUUUCUGCCUGCCUUACUCAGCCUGCACGGGGCCAGCACCAAGCUGACUGCCUGGGGGCAGCUCUUCCAGCGCCAGAAAGAGACCCGCAAGCAUCUGUUUGGGGGCCAGUCUCAGAAGGCCGUGCAGCCACCCCACCUGUACCUGUGGCUGCAGCGUCUGCAGGUGGCUCUGUUGGCCAAGUUCAGCUUCUACUUCCACGAGGCGCUGAGCCGCCAGGCAGCCCCUGCCGACAUGAGGGCAGCCACCGCCCGCACCACCCCCGACUACCACGGCAAGAUCUGCUCCUUCAUCCGCAAGCACGACGCCAACAACGUGUCGUUGGUGUUCGACAACCGCGGCUCGGACAGCUUCCAGGGUCACGGCUACCACCACCCACACUCGUACCGCGAGGCGCCCAAGGGGGUGGAGCAGUUCCCCGCCGUGGUGUCUCUGCCCUCUGGGGAGCGGCCUCUCACCCACUGGCCCAACGUCAUCAUGAUGAUGGGCGACCGCGCCGGCGAGCUCAACACACUGGACAAGGUGGUUCACUUCUACGACGACAAGGUCCAGAGCACCUACUACCUGACCAGGCCUGAACCCCACUUCACCCUGGUGGUCAUCUUCGAUGGCAGGAAGUCCGAGAAAGACUCUCACAUCACGGCCUUCCUACAGGAGAUCUCAGGCUCGCUGAGGAACUCCAAACCCUUCAGCACCCUCAAACCUGGCUCCAAGGGCUGAGCUGUACCCUAGUCUGCAGGACCAGUUAGCACAGAUGCUUUCAACCACUAACCUCCGCUUGAAUAUUUCAUUGCCAUUUAAUUUUAACUUUAAUUUAGUUUUUAAGAUUUCAAUGGUCCAACUGUCUUGUUUGUUAAGCAUCAGGCUUCACAUUCUUUUGCCAAACUAGUUCCUGGCCAAAGAGAAGCUUCACCUUUUGAAUGUGUCCUUGUCACAGAGGACUAUUCUGGAACUCUGGCUCUGAUUCUAACCCUGUCUUGGAUAUGCUGCUUUAUGCAACUCAUGUUGUUUAAUAUGUAAUGUGUGUGUAUAUAAUGUUUACCGUUUUAGGAAAAGCACUUUUAGUUAUUAAUUGAAUUAUCAAGUGUUGUGCUGUCAGUAAAAUAAAUUGUUCAGCAGAU